AGAUGGCGAAGCAUCAUCCAGAUCUCAUCAUGUGCAGAAAACAGCCUGGCGUAGGUUAGUUUGUUUGCAAUUUUUAACUAAGGUUCCCGGUGCAGUUUACUGAUUAUAUUCUAUUUUUACUUAUAUCUCAGCUAUAGGUCGGCUGUGCGAAAAAUGUAAGUACAAGAUUCGUUUAACUUUUUUUACAGUAACCAACUGAUUCGAGAGAAAGCUAAGUUUACAUUUUCUUCUGUUUAGAGACAAAUAACGUCUGCUUCAUGACUAAUUAUAUUUUCGAGAGUUUGCAGAUUUUGUUUUUCUUUUGCUUUUCUCUGAGUGGAAAUGUGAGUAAGGUGAAACUCGAGUACAGAUUUCCUUUAAAUCAAAGAAUGUCAAAGAUAGAUUGAUACACGUGCGUUCUUAUUUUAUGUGCGAAGGAGUCAGUUUCAACGGAUUUCAAUUCAAAAGAAGAGAGAUCAUCCAUUUUGUGACGAGUGAGAGGUGAAAGUUCUAAAUCCAGGAUUUUCAGAAAUAAUUCUGAGCUAGAGUUUUGUCGAAAAUUCAAAUCUUUUCUUAUUGCAAAAAAAUCACUCAGAAGAUUUUUUCACCUCUGGUUUAGUCAGGGUUUUGGUGUGUUUUCCCUUCCAUCGCAUACAUUGAGAUUGAAUGCUAGUGAUGUUCAUGCGCAGUUUUUCUCUUUUUUUGUGAUGUUUAGGUGAUGGUAAAUGUGUCAUUUGCGACUCCUAUGUGCGUCCCUGUACACUGGUGCGUAUAUGUGAUGAAUGCAACUAUGGCUCUUAUCAAGGUCGCUGUGUUAUAUGUGGUGGACCUGGUGUUUCUGAUGCUUAUUACUGUAAAGAAUGUACAGUUCAAGAGAAAGAUGUGAGUUACAUUUAGAAAACUAGGAAUACUAAACACUAAGGUUAAUACAAUUGAUUCCCUACACCUCAAACUUAGAAGAAGAAUUAAGAAAAAGUUUGUGACAUUGAGGGAAAAUGUAGAAGAAACUAACUUAAGGAUAACUUCAGAAAGUAAAAUCACUCCAAGUGAACAAGAGGUUUAAACCUUUAACUCCCAAGAUCUCAUUAGCAAUUCUCCUUAUUGUCUGCCAAAUGAUUUCCAUUAUUUUAGCUGGAGAAUUGGUAUCAGAUCAAUUAGUAAUCCCAUAAUUAAUAUUUUUCUUUAUUCCCAUCACUUGACUGCUUGAUAUUGUGUUGAUAUAGUGAGGAGAAAUUCUUUAUCGGUCACUCAUGGAAGUGAAAGGGUUAAGUUAUUGGGAAUUGAAUGUUCAUGUAUUGAGGAGAUGUUGAGGUCUGAUAGUAGAAAAGUUGGUCCAAGUUGAGAACAUCCGGAAUCAUGACUUGUGUUCUCAAAGUGCAUCUCAAUAUCCAAGAGUGUGAAAUGAAAACUGCAAACUGUCAGGAGGAUCUAACAAAACUGCUGGUUUGGAAGAAGAGAAGGGGGAGAGGGUUAUCCUUCAAUGGAAUAGCAUUUCACUUUGGGAAAGUGACAAUACCCCUUGUCCCUUCAAUGAUGGACAAGCAUUGGCCAGCUGGGUACUUUUGCUCUAUUUCUGAGUUUGCCCUACCUUAUAUGUGCACAGACAGUUUUGGUAUCACCCCAGCUAAUUUAAAUCCCAAAGGCCUCUUUGGAUGGCUAAUUUGCUACUUGUCAAUGCUCAGUAAAUCAAAUCUCAAAUAGACUUUCCAUUAAAAUGCUUAUGUGAAAUUGCUGAGAAAUUUUUGUUUCCAAAGAAAUAGCAUUAGAGUUUUAUAUACAGUGCUUGAUAAUUUGCUGUUUGUUUUUUUACAGAGAGACGGUUGCCCCAAGAUUGUCAACCUAGGAAGUUCUAAGACUGAUCUCUUCUAUGAAAGAAAGAAGUAUGGUUUCAAGAAGAGAUGACAGUUUAUCUUACUUAACUUUAGUUUUUAACAUGCACCCUAGGUCGAGCUGUGUAUAAACAUGAUUAAUCUUUCCUGCACAAUAAUAUUGUUAUUGUCAACUUUUGAGUUGGUUAGCCAGCCUUCAUGAGGAAAUGUAGGUUCCUGACUUCAACACAUCAAUUCCCUUGACCUUGUCAGUUUCUUGUUCUAUUACAGUGUAUGAUUCCAUCGUUGUGAUUUAGACAGUCUUAACUUAUCAUUUGUAUGUCACUUUGAUAUGUACCUUGGUUUUAUUUACUUCAUGAUGUAAGAGGUGGAGAGAGCUAUAUCUGUGUCGAGCUAUGUAGUGUUAAAGAUAUUUUUAAUUCAGUUAAAGAGGAAAAGUUAAGUAAACACUUAGGAAAUGUCAAGUUUUGCCAACAUAAAGUUUUCAAGGUCAUUAAAAGUUUUUUGUAGUCG